AGUCCAAAUUUCUUAUUAGUUAAUUUUUGAAGUUGGGAGUAAAUUUCUAUCGGGAUAUUAGGAUCAGGGUUUGUGCAGCUAGCUUCAGGUAACACGGGUCAAAUGUGAGGCAGGGAUGGUCAAACUACAAAAGCUCAAAUAAUUUAAUUUAUUUAGUUUUGUUUUUGGAUGAAAUGAAAUGAGGAGAGGCGUUCGAGUGAAUGGUGGAGAUUGCUGUUAUCAGGAGGAGGAUGAUGAUCGCUCCACACAAGUGUCUGUGCCAUCUUCUUCAGCCUUGCGCUUUCCGGCAGCUAGUUUCGCCAUCGCCGCUGUGGGUGACGCAAGUGCCGGUGCCGGUGCCGGUGGGAUGAAUUAUAUCGAGCACCCUGUAUCUAAGAUGGAUACCCUUGCCGGUGUAGCUAUCAGAUAUGGCGUUGAGGUGAGUGAUAUUAAGCGAAUAAAUGGGCUGGUUUCUGAUUUUCAAAUGUUCGCCCUAAAGACACUUCAGAUUCCUUUACCAGGAAGACAUCCACCAUCUCCCACCAUGGCAGAAGGUUUUGAUUCACAUGGAUUGAAACUUUCUCCAGCAAUUUGCAGUUUACAAGGUUACUAUGGUAUAAAAUCGGGAGAUGAAGAAGGGUCGCCCUUGAAAGGUUUGGAACAUGGGGAGGGAGGAGGAUCUCAUCAUUCUGUAGCUGUAGAGAGUGACAAGCUGUUCCUGUAUAGCAAAUCCUCAAACCCACCUCUAAACCCCCGCAGGAAAUGCAGAAGCGUAGUUUUUAUGAAUGUGGAGGAGGAUGAAGCAUUCACUCCCCAAGAAUCGGAAUCAAAAUCAAUAUAUAAUAGUGACUCCUCAGACAGCAGCAGGGGUGAAAAUUUCAUGAGGAGACGUCAGAAGUCUGAGUCUGACUUCUUGCGCAUCCCAGAAAUGUUGCUCAAGCAAGACGAGUGCAGCAGUGGCAGAUUCUCAGCUGUUGGAACCACCAAAGGCCUGGCUUUGAGACCUAAGGCGGCGGCAGCAGCAGCUAGUCGAACCAUUGCCGUUGCCGAGCCUCCUCCUAUUGCUAUUGAGUCGGGCAAUUCAGUUUGUGCCAACAAUCUCAAUCUCACCAGAGUUAGGAGGUCAUCCAGCACAUCAAAUUUGAAAUAUUCAGAUACUAGCACGUUUACAUCCUUGUGGCCAAUUACAAAACCAAUCUUUGAUGGCCUACCUAUACCAAUAACCGGUCGAAGCAACAAGGCUGCACUGGAUUAGUUCCUCCCCAUAUAUAUCUUACUUCAUGUAGCGGUUUCUUUGGGAAUAAAAAUAAAAAUACAUUUUUAGCUCUGGUAGAGGCAGAAUGUUAACAUCUCCCAUAUACACACACAUUCUUUAUUCAUGCUUCUUAAAA